CAAUUCAAUCCAUUUUUGGUAGCUUAAAUGAGACCACACAAGCUACAGCUUUUCCAAGUAGUUUUGCUUUCCUUUAUAGUACUUGCUUGCUUCCAUGAACAAGCAUAUGCUAAGAAAAAAGGAGGAAAAGCCUCCAAUUCAGUAUCUACUUCGGCAUCACCCAGUACUCAAGUAGAAAUUAUUGAGGACAAGGAGACGGCUUCUCACAAGAUAGUAGAACUCGACAGUGAGAAUUGGAAUAAGACUUUGGAUGGAUCCAAAGCAGCUGUAGUUAUGUUUUAUUUGUCGUGGUGUGAUCAUUGCAAGGAUAUGGAGCCACAUUUUCAAAGACUUGCGGAAUCUGCAUCGGAUCAAGUUAUCGUUGGGAGAGUGAACUUGGAGAAGAACAUAGAAUUGGCCAAAAGAUUCCGUGUAGAUGGAGCUCCCACUUUAUUGUAUUUUGCCGAAAGAAAUACAUCGACUGCACAAGAAUUACUGGUACGAAAAGCCGAAGCAAUAGCAUCACAAGUCAAUCGAUUGGCGAAUACAACUUUAUUCCAUUUAACAGACGAGAAUUUGGAAAUGGACAUGUCCCAAUUUGUAGAAGCGACGGAGUUGCAAUUGAAAUAUGUUGAAAACAUUUCACUGAAUGAAGUCGAGUCGGUUAUUGCCAAACGAAAGACACAUUUGUUAAUAUUAUUUGUGACGAAUGGUUCAGAACCGGAAUUCGAACAAAACAAUCAUUUGGCAGCAUUUGAUGUGGUUGCAGGCAUUCACAAGGAAAUUCGUGCUGGAAUACCGGAGACGACAGAUGUGCAGAUGGGCUUCGUCAAUGUUCAAGAUGAAGAAAGAUGGAAAGGCUUGGGUAAGAAGUUGGGUUUCUCUACCAAAGAAUAUAAAUCCAAAGUUAUUUUAUUUCCUCAACCUGAGAAGGGAAAGAAAGUCCAACCUAUUGAUUGUGAUGAUGUUCGAAGUAAAGGUUGUCGAACUGCCGAUGCAAUUUUAUCAUUAUUGAAUGAGAAAGCCAAUCUUGGUAAUAUUAUAAUUAACAAGGCAGACGACUUAGAAGCGGAUGAUUUAGAGAACGAUGCCGGAUAGUCUUAUCAUUUCUUUUUCUAAUAUCUGUAUGCCUAGUGAUGAAUAGACAAAGGUAGUCUAUAAAGUUGGCAUUUUAUGA